UUUGUUUUGGAAUGUCCUCAGAUAUUAAUGGCUGAUUUACGUGAUAUCAAGCCAAAGAAAUCAAAGUGGCUUGCUAAACAAGUUAUUCUGCUUCAAGUGGUCAAACGGAGAAGUCAUCACAUCGGAUUCGGCGUAAAGUUACGAUGGAACUGUUCAAAAUGAAUCGAAAUGCAUAUUGGUGCUGCGUAUGGAGCUUACUUUUGAUUGGCAUUGCUGCUGAUAUCCCAAACUGUGAUUACUUUGAUACUGUAGAUCUAACGCACAGUUUGAGAUUUCAAAAUGGAUCGUAUAAACAUGAAGACCUCAUCAUUCCUGCUAGCCUUACAGGGGAGUACGACUACAAGAUCCUGUACAAUGGUGACAAGGAAGAGGUUCCCAAUCACGUUAGAGGAUGUGCUUGCAAGCUGAAGCCCUGCAUUCGAUUCUGUUGCCAUCAUAAGAAACUCAUGAAACGAACAACGUGUUUAAAGGAUAUAAACAAAAAUCUUACAUAUAAUUAUGAUUUAAAUAUAACACUUAGUAAUGGAACAGUGACUAAAAAACACGUGAUAAAGGAAAUGAUCGUCCAGCAGGAGCUUCCCAUGCCUUGCAACAAGCAUUAUCAUCUGGACGUAGAACGAUACAAGGAUGAUCUGUGGACCUUAUUCGAGAAUGGAACUCUGCUACGGCAUUAUGAUAACGCGUUUCUCUCGAAGCAGGAUUACUGUCUGCAGCCUCGAAAGACGAAGAAUGGUAAAAGCUACUCCAUUGUUCCUUACAACUGCAUUAUCGAGCCUUCUUUGACUACGGCCUAUAUCAAGAUAGCAUCCAUUGUGUUUAUGGCCUUGACAAUUGCCUUAUAUUUGUGGCUUCCAAUGUUUCAUACGAUUCAUGGCAUGUGCUGUAAUCUGUACUUCGUGUGCCUCAUGGUAACUUUUAUGCUAAAUGUAACCAGUAUGUUCGGUGUAUUUAAUGCUGGAUUAAUGUGCUUAAUCAAUGGAUAUCUCGGAUAUUAUGCAGUGAUGGCCACAUUUCUUUGGCUCUCCGUGGUCAGUUUCAAUAUCUGGAGAAGAUUUGGCUUGUAUCGGAUUUUAGAAUUUCAAAAAAAUAGUUUUCUUUAUUACAAUCUUAUCGUUUGGAGCAAUGCAGGCAUCUUGACACUAGGAGUAUUACUGGUAGACCUUUUGGUUCCCUUUGCCAGUGCUUCAGGUUUAAAUUUUGUGCCAGGUGUUGGUGUAACUUCUUGCUGGAUUAUGACUGACAGAUGGUCGGGAAUGUUUUAUUUUUAUUUCCCGAUCUGCAUUCUUAUUUUAUUUAACAUAUCCAUGUUCGUGUUGACUACUCGACAUAUUUAUGCGGAGAACAAGCUGAGACCAAAAGUCUUAACACAUUAUAAAGAAAAAGUAAACUCAAAGGAUGAAGCCAAUUUUGGCCUUUAUCUUUAUCUUUUUAUCAUAAUGGGUGGAUGCUGGAUUAUGGAAAUACUUUCCUUUAUAUGUGAAGUCGAAAACCUUUUAAAACCUUUAAUCAAAGUGAAUGAUAUAAUAAACUGCAGUCAGGGCAUUAUAAUAUUCUUGAUAACAGUUUGCAAUAGAGCGGUUCUGAAAGGCAUUCGAAAUCGAAUAUUUUCUAAACGGAGUAAUGACACAUGCACUGCGACUCAGGACGGCCACUUGAUGCAACAAGUAAAAUAAACCUUAAAUAUUUUAAACGUCUGCCGUGUAUUGACUUAUCUGGGCAUCAGUUGGCAGCCCUACUAAUAUCGAUUAGAGUCGUGCCUUGAAGAGUUCCUCGAGAAUGUCCAGUACUAAGAUGUAGAAGCCGCCGAAAUUAAGUUGCCAAGUUGCAGCGACUUAACUUAUUCAGACGAAAAGUUGUCAAUCUAUUGUAAGAUCGGGCCAGAUCAGUUGCCAAACCAUUGCUAUAUUGCUAAUAUAUAUUAUAAUUAUUAUUAAAUAAAACAUAUAGAACAAAAAAUUAUCUUACAUGGUGGCUCAACCGAAGCAGCCAUUAAAACAGUCGAAAAAAGUGUAGUUGUGUGUGUGAGCGUCCUCUUUUUUUGGACAAGAACAAAGCCAAAAGAACAAGUUUGCGGUUUACUUAAAAUUCGUUAAAAUGAUACGGUCCGUGAAAAAGAACCAACAUGACAAUCAGUACCAAUAUAAAACCCGAAAACGGCAGCAGUAUGAAAAUCAAAAUCCAGGAAACGCAGAAAU